UGAACGAAAUUCAUGAUCAGUGCGUUUGCUCUAUGAACUAGAACCGCUGCAGUGAAGGGAGCAUCGUCCUAAUCUUUAUCGAGGGAUCGGCAGCCGACAGAGCAUCCUUAGCAUCCGAGGGCCAUGGCUUUUGGCAAGUUGUCAGGGAAGGGGCAUUCAGAGUGGAACUACCGGCCUGUCAUCCUCUCCAUCCUGCUGGUGCUGAUCUCGUUAGACCUGGCGUUGUCUCAAACGGUCUUCAUCCACUGGGACGAGGUGUCUCGCGGCAACUAUGAGCCAAGGUUGGAAGGGUUUGGUGAACCUCCCCAGCGGAAAAGGGAAGCAGCAGCUGCUUCUCACGCCCCGUCCCAGCAGGAAGUGCCGUCGUCCUCUCCCGUAGAGUACGUGACCAGUGAUGUGGACGAGGACGUGAGCCCGUCGCUACAGGAGAAGAACUUCAUCGAUACCUGCAGCGCAUCCAGACUGCGGGAAGUGGUGAAGCAGCUCAACAUUCGCUGCCUGGCAUGCAGCGACAAGUCGCACUUCAAGGACGCGAUCACUGAGUUUGUGUCCUCCCUGUCGAUCCGGAGCCUCAAGAACAUGCUGGCGGAGAGGGGGAGGAUGUGUAUCAGGUGCAAGACCAGGGCGGACCUGCUCUCCUCUGUGUUGCAGGUGGUCCACCUUCCCGCGGCCAACGUCACGUUCCCCGUCAUCGUCUCAUUCGUGACUGUGCUCUUCCCCCGCGGGAUCGCAGAGUUUGUCACGCAGGAUGUCAAGGGUGGCGACGGUCGCCAAAGUGUUGAGCAUACAGGACUUGUCAGAGGGGACGGUGAAGGCUAA